AUGGCGUUUCCUCUGCCAGUUACUGCUGCCCAGGUGGGGACAUACUUUGUGGGGCAGUACUAUCAGAUGCUACAAAACCAACCAGAAUUUGUGCAUCAGUUUUACAGUGAUGCAAGCACCAUGCUUCGAGUAGAUGGGAAUGUGAGGGAAACUGCAACUUCAAUGCUGCAUAUUCACCAACUUGUAACGGCACUUAAUUAUACGGGGAUAGAAAUUAAGACUGCACAUUCUUUAGAAUCCUGGAGUGGUGGAGUCCUGGUGAUGGUUUUGGGUUCUGUUUGUGCAAAGAAUUUCAACGGGAAGAAAAAAUUCUCUGAAACUUUUUUCCUUGCUCCUCAAGAAAAGGGGUACUUUGUUCUGAAUGAUGUUUUCCUUUAUGUUGACGAAGACCAAAUUCUGCCACACCCGAUUGUUUAUUUACCUCAGAGCAAUAUUGAUGCCAAGAUCAAUUCUUCAGCUAUAACUCGAGAACAAGCUAACAGCUACAUGCGAGGAGGAGAUAUUCAAUCUCCAGAGUUUAUAUCCCCUUCUAAAGCUCAAGAGAAUGUUCCCGUCAAUAAUUAUGACUUUUCUGAAGAACAUCUCAAGAAGGUGCCUGAAAAGGAAAUCAUUACGGAUGAUGAUUUUGCUGUCCGUUCAAACGGCUCUCUCCAGGGAACCCUCAACCAGAAUCCCGAACCACUGUCGUCCCCAGUAGAGGAACCCAUUGUCGAGACUCAAAAGCAUACAUAUGCGUCCAUAUUACAGGUUGCUAAAGGUCAAAAUGCGCAUAACAAGAUUGCUAAUGUGGAGAUCCCUCACGUGCAUGAAAACCCAAGCCAACCGCCUGUUAUGCCGCCAAGCCAGGUUGAGAAUUCACAAGUGGAGACUCCUGAAGAACCUUUUGUUGUUGAGGAUGAAGGUGAAGUUGAGGUGAAGUCGGUAUAUGUGAGAAAUGUCCCAACGAAGAUGUCUGCUUCUGAGAUUGCAGAGGUGUUCAAGAAGUUUGGUAAACUCAAGCAAGAUGGCGUAGCCAUUAGAACUCGGAAGGAUAUAGAUAUAUGCUACGCAUUCGUCGAAUUUGAAGACAUCGUGGGGGUGCAAAAUGCAAUUAAGGCAUCCACCGUUCAGAUUGGUGCGCAUCAGCUGUACAUUGAAGAACGGAGGCCCAACAGACAGAUCACUUUUCGUGGAGGCAGAGGCAAAGGUGGUGUUAAAGGACGGUUUGGGUACCACACGGAAGGAGCACGAGGUCGUUUUGGGGGCCGUGGUUUUGGAAGGGGGCCCAAUCACGACUCCUACGAACGUGAUUAUUACUACAACAGGUCAAGAGGGAAUGGGUACUACAGGCAGGCCCAUAGACACGAGAGGUCUUACAAUGCUACGGACUUCCAACAAGGUUACGAGGAAUGA